UUCGAAGCCAGCCAUGCCGCUUGGUGAGGUGAUCCAAUAACGCAAGGCGUGUCUCUGCUGUGGAGAACCACCAUGUCUCGCUCGGCUUGACUUCUUUGGCGCUGCAUUGUAGGCCGCCUAAUGACGAGGGUUUGCAGUCGUCCGCGACGGCGCUGUCCGAUCGAGAGUUCGCCUGGAGCUUCAGUACUCAACAGAGUCGCUGAUGUUGCGCUUACAUUGUAAAAGUGUCCGUUUGAGGACGAUUGCAGACGGGUUGUGAGGACUAAUAUACCACUGGACUACGGCCGGAUCAAUGAGAGUCGAAACAUGCAAUUCCAGGGCUCGAUUGGUAGUUGCGUUGUGUUGUGCUGUCGGUGCUUGGGCCCCCAUCCACUACCACCAUCAAUUCCUUCAGCCCACAGCAAGCAAGAAGCCGAUCACCUGGUCCCGACUUUCUGAGACGAGUGCGGGCGGGUUAUCCUUCCGUGUGGAGUUUCCCUAUGGCCGUGCAUGCAAUGAUGCAGGCGGCCAACAAAGCGGCCGCAGCAGCAGGCCCUUUAGAGUCUUUACGAGCCCCGGUCCUCUACUUCCAACAUGCAUCAUGACCCAGCACUUGUUUGCCAGGGCUCCAACACCUCGAAUCUAGUGGUUGGCAU